GUUGUCCAGGAGAGUAAGGUGUCACAAUUUUAGUUCUACUUCGGGGGAACACGUUCAUUUUUCCAAAAUGAAGAGUUCAGUGAUUUUUACCUUGUCAUUGCUGUUCGCCUUCGUAAAUCUCGCAUACGGUAACGCCAGAAAACCUGCUGAUUCAUUAAAGAGGGAACCAAAAUUUAUUUCCUUCAAUUCGGAUGACGGGAAAAUUGAUGUCGAUUUGGAUUUAUCAAUUCCGUUUAUCUCGAUCCCAUUGGGGGAUAAAGAUGAUAAAGAUGGACCUAGACCUCUAGUGAACAUCAACACUAAAUCAAUCACGGUUGCUGGAAUUCUCGCUGCAAUAACAGCUUUCGUCAUUCCGCUUCUAUUCAAGACGCCAAAUCAUUCUCAAUAUCGUUUCGAUAAUGAGUUCAACGUGUGGGAUGCAGGCCGAACGCUUAAUGAAUUUAUUCUGGGGAAUAAUUAUGUGACUCCCUGCAUUCAACGAGCGAUUUGUGGAGCAAUAGCAAGAGUCGAUAGGGUGAAAACCCCAACUGGAGCUGAUAAAAUCGUUGAUGGACUCGCCAAUUUGAAAAUCAUAAAGGACCUGAUCAAUGGAACUUCAAUCCAAAAAGCUGUCGACGUUGGCCACCAAUCCACCGAGCAGUGUCUGAAUUAUUUUCAGAGUUGUUCAAUGGCUCCAGAAAUAUUCGAAGUAUUACUAAAUGAAUUGGGAAUUCAAUAAAAGACAUCUGCUCGAAGGGAG